AUGGAGGGGGAGCAUCCAGAGCGCAUGGAGUGCUUUAAAUGCAAGAGAAAGCGCUUAAUGAGAGAGAAAACUCUCAAGAGGCCUUUCCUGGAAGAAGAACCCAGAAAGAGGAAAAGAUCAAGGACUGGAACGUUAGUGAUUGAAGAAAGGAAUGGAGAAGACCGAGUACCUGAGAAACUGAGCAUAGAGGAAGAAGAAGAGCCUUGGAGACAGAUGGAAAUUUACAUUGAAGAUGAAGAAGACCAAGUAUCUGAGACAUACAAGGAAGACGAGAGGCCUGUGGAAGAGGAACCUGAGAAACCAAGCAUAGAGGAAGAAGAAGAUCCUUGGAGACCGAUGACAAAUUUUGUCGAAGGUAUUAUUGAACAUUUACACGAUGACUUGGAAAAUCAGUGGAAUCUCAGGAUGGAGCAGAAUAUUGGAGUUGGCCUUGAUCUUCCGAGGGUGGAGAUGGAUGAAGGUGAAGAUCCUCCUCCAGAGCUUCCGGAAGAUUUUAAAGUUCGCAUAAGAGAAAUGAAUGGCACCCAUCCGAUUCUGGUUUUAGAGAAGCAGUUGUUUAAGACUGAUAUAAACAAAGGUGAAAACAGAUUAUCCAUGCCCUUGAACCAAAUCCGAAGGGAGUUCUUGAGUGAAGACGAAAAGAUGAGGGUGGUGGAAGGAAUGCAAGUAAAACUAAUACAACCAUCUCUGGAAGAAACAACAGUAACCUUCAAGAAAUGGAAGAUGAAGGAAAGUUGUCAUCUUUACGUUUUUACGAGGGAAUGGAAGUUGAUAGUGCAUGACAAUUCACUUGAGGCAAGAACUCGAAUUCAAGUAUGGUCCUUUCGGGUUGGGUCCGAAUUGUGGUUUGCUCUUGUUAGGCUUAACCCAUGA